AUGGCAGUAACAAAUGAAACUCCAGCUAUUACAACUCCAGUUGCACAAACUCCAGGUUCUUCAUCCACUACAGUCAAUCAGGACUGUAAUCACCCAUAUUUUCUUCACUCCUCUGAUGCGCCUGGGAUGUCUCUUGUCAGCUCACCAUUUGAUGGGAGAGAUUUCCCGGGUUGGAAGAGAUCAAUCCUAAUUGCCCUUUCUGUCAAGAACAAGCUUGGUUUUAUCAAUGGAAUUCUUGUGAAACCAGAUCUGGGAUCUAAUGACCUACCUCAAUGGAGUAGGUGCAAUGAUAUGGUGACCUCUUGGUUGCUGAACUCACUGUCUAAAGAAAUAGGAGACAGUGUCAUCUACUCAAAAUCAGCAAUGGAACUUUGGAAUAGUCUGGAGCACAGGUUUGGCCAAUCCAAUGGGGCCAAGCUGUAUCACCUGCAGAAAGACAUAUCCAAGUCAGUUCAAGGAAAUAGUAGCAUAGCAUGCUAUUUUACUACUCUCAAGAGAUUGUGGGAUGAGUUGGACUCCUUAAGCACACACCUAGGAUGCAUCUGUGACUGUGUGUGUGAUGGAAAGAAGAAGGUAGCUAAGUUUAUGGAAGACCAAAGAGUUAUUCAGUUCCUCAUGGGACUGAAUGAUGUCUAUGGCCAAGCAAGAGGAAACAUUCUCAUGAUAAGUCCACUACCCAGCCUGGAUCAUGCCUACUCUUUGUUACUUCAAGAUGAGAGUCAAAGGGAGGUGUACAUGAGUCCCCAAUAUCCCUCUGAUGGAACUUCAUUCAUUGCAGGAACUCAAACCAAGUCCAACAAAGAAGCAACAAUCAAGUUCAGAAACCCUGCACUGGAAAUCAGAAAUUUGGAAACAGCCCACAGAAGUUCAGAGGAAAGAAGUCCAAAUAUAAUCCUAAUGUCACAUGCUCUCACUGCAUGA